CAUACGUCCAUACAUGCUUGUGUACAGAUGCAUAUAAAUACAUAGAUAUAAUUACAUAUACACAUAUCUAUUAAAACAUACUACACACACACGUAUAUAUAUAUACAAAUAUAUACAAAUAUAUAUAUAUAUAUACAACCACCUGUGUUUAACAUGGCUUCAAAAUGAGAGUUAGCGUAUUCGCCCUUACAGUAACUUGGGUUUUGCUGUUUUUCGACAAGCUAGCGUAUCGGACGUUCGGCAUUAGCAAAAACCGGCGGGCGGCCAGGAUCGAGGGUGAUAUCAUCCUCGGUGCUCUUUUCCCGGUCCACUACAAACCGUCACAAGAAUCGGCCUACACUCGAACAUGUGGCGCAAUUUGGGAACAAUACGGCAUGCACCGUAUCGAAUUAUUUUUCCUCACACUUGACGAAAUCAACCGCAACGUAGAGAUUCUUCCCAACAUCAACCUUGGCUGCGAUAUUCGAGAUUCGUGCUGGUACUCACCCGUGGCUCUCGAGAACAGCAUCGACUUCAUCAAGGAUUCCAUCGCUAACAUGGAAGAACAACACCGGGGUAACGCAACCGUUGUGGACGGUUGCCAAAACGAACACAACAAACCCAUUGUUGGAAUGAUCGGCCCCGGUUCCAGCAGCAGCACAAUUCAAGUACAGAAUCUGUUGUCCAUUUUUACCAUUCCUCAAAUCGGAUAUUCGGCCACCAGUUCGGAUCUAAGUGAUAAAAGCUUAUACAAGUAUUUCUUACGGGUUGUACCUCCAGACAGGUACCAGGCCAAAGCAAUGAUUGACAUAGUGUUGCAUUACAACUGGACAUACGUAUCAGCCGUCCAUACUGAAGACUCCCACCUUUUAUCAUCUCCAAGAAAAGACUUCAUAAAUUCUUAUGAACGUCGACAACAUAUAAUUCUCGCUGGAGAGAAUAAAACUUCUCAAAUGUGUAAAUCAAUUCGGAGGAUUACCUUGGUCUGCUGGUAGCACGUCUGUCACGUUUACCAAAGAUUUGGGUUCGAGUCAUAAGGAUGGUUUUGUUUUUUUUAAUUUGCGUCGUAUUAUUUAUCGAUUUAUGAAGACGGCAGAAACGUUAGCUUAGCGAUAUUUCGUUUGUCUUUACGUUCAGAGUUCAAAUUCCGCCGUGGUGGAUUUUGCCUUUCAUCGUUUCGGGGUCGAUAAAUUAAGUUCCAGUCACGUACUGGGGUCGAUGUAAUAGACUGGCCCCCUUCCCCCAAAAGAACUGCGUGCCUUGUGCCUAGAGUAGAAAAGAUUAUUUAUAGCAUUAUCCGCUUCAAGUUUCACCGUACUAAACAAAGAAUCAUUUCGCGAAUUUUCAAGAAGUUAGCUUCCCAACCACCUAACCACAUUGUUACAGGUUCAUCUCCACUGCAUGGCACCUUCUAUUGUAGCCUCGGGCCGACUAAAGUCUUCUGGGUGGAUUUGGCUGACGGAAACUUCAAGAAGCCCGUCGUUAUAU